AUGGGUAGGGCGGUUGAACAACAAUUUACAGCAGGAGCAACAGCAGCAGCAGUCGGACUCGCCAGCGCCGCAGCACUUUCAGCCUAUCUCAACGCCAAGUUCCACCUGGGGAAAGACUUGAAGCAUAUCUAUUACCAACACCGCGGUGAACGCUACCAGGCACAGCUAAAGGCCCAGGACAAGAUCAACAUCUGGGCCACGUUUUGCGAGAACUGUGACAAGUUCGCGGACAAGGACUGCAUCUGGUAUGCCGACCCCUCGACAAAUCCGCCCACGGUGCAUACCUACACCUGGCGAGAAGCACGCGAAUAUGCCUGUCAAUACGCACAAUGGUUCCUGGAAGCCAAUGUUCGACCUGGAGACUGCGUUGGGUUCUACUUGCAAAACAGUCCCGAUUUUGUGCUCGGAUGGCUCGGCCUGCUUGCGAUCGGUUGCUACCCUGCCAUGAUCAACUACAACCUCGUUGGCGGAGCACUGGUGCAUUGUGUGAAAAUCGCAGAAUGCAAGGUCCUUCUUGUUGAUGAAGACUUCAGAGACCGCGUAUUGGAGAAUAAAGAGCUACAACAGCUGGGAAUCAGCAUUCAUGUCGUUGAUCGGGAUUUUAGGGCUCGGCUGUCGAGAAUGCCUGGGAGGAUGCCGAGCGCAGAGUAUACGAAGGAUAUUGGCGAGAAGACAAAACUAGCAUUACGCUACACGAGUGGCACGACGGGGUACCCGAAAGGUGUAAUGGCGACCAUCGGCCGAUACUACGCACGACUCGCCAGCCAGUUCACCGAGAUGGGCAUUCAACCUCUUCAAGCAGAUGGUUCAGGGGAUCGCUGGUACAUCUGCAUGCCCAUGUGUCACUCCACCGCAGGCUCGGCGGUCAUCAUUUGCAUGAUCAUGCCGACAACAUUGUGCAUAGGGUCAAAAUUCUCAGCCUCACGGUUCUGGGACGAGGUCCGAACGUCUCGCUCGACGAUGGCUACCUAUGUGGGCGAGAUAGCCCGCUAUCUGCUUGCUCUUCCCCCCUCACCACUGGACCGCCAGCAUUCCCUCCGAAUGGUGUACGGCAACGGCAUGAGACCUGACGUGUGGGGUCGGUUCCAGGAAAGAUUCGGCAUACCCAAGGUGUGCGAGUUCUACGGCUCCACCGAGGGCGGUCUGUCGCACCUCAACAUCCAGGAGGGCGACUUUCUCCGCGACGCCGUCGGUCAUGAUGGUCUAAUCCGCCGAUGGCAGCUGCACUCGCAGAUGGCGCCGGUGCUGGUCGACGCCGAGACCAACGAGAUCGUGCGCGACCACGAGACCGGUUUCGCGAUCCGCAUGCCGUACGAGAUCGGCGGCGAGAUCCUGUUCCGGCUGGACUCGGAGGCGAGCUUCGUCGGGUACUGGAGGAACAGCGACGCGACCAACAAGAAGUUUGCGCGCGACGUCUUUCGCAAGGGCGAUCUGUGGUACCGUACGGGCGACUCGCUCAAGCGGGACAGGGACGGCAAGUGGUCGUUUUUGGAUAGGCUGGGAGACACGUUCCGGUGGAAAGGCGAGAACGUGUCUACGGCAGAGGUGUCCGAGUGCUUGGGCAGAUACCCCGGCGUCAUCGACGCCAAUGUCUACGGCGUGCAGGUGCCGAACCAUGACGGCCGAGCGGGCUGCGCGGCGCUGAUGCUCAGCCCGGACGUUGCGCAGAGCUUUGAUCUUGAUGGGCUGCUGAGACACGCGCGCAGGGAUCUUCCGGGCUAUGCGGUGCCGCUGUUCCUGCGUAUCGUGACCACAGGCUCGCUGAACUCGAUGGGCCUGAAGCAGGAGAAAGUCCAGCCGCGGGCCGAGGGCGUCGACCCGGACCGAGUGCGCGGCGACCGACUGUAUGUCCUGAGAGGGGACCGAUACGUGGUCUUUGCGCGGAAGGACUGGGACGACUUGGUCGCUGCGAGGGCACGGUUAUAA